AUGGGAGGAAGCGACGAUGCAUUUAAUGGCCACUCGAAGUACUUUGAUCCCAUCCUCCACUCCUUCCUUCCUUCACUCUUGUUCGAUUUCGUGAUGCCCUCUAUACCCUCCAAAUCCAAGAGACCCAGGCUCUCACAUCUCGAACAUGCAAUAGGCGUUCCUCAUCCCACCAAUUUCUUUUCUUCACGUAGUACACAAGUCCCCUGCAAGGUUACCUUGGAGAUAUUCCAAAGUUUGCCAGGUCAAGAUCUUUUGACCAUGGUACGAGUAAACACGUCGUUCCGUCGCAUACUUGUGUCGAGCUCUGCUCGGUUUCUCUGGGUCAGGAUUCUGGAAGACGAUGGAUGUCCGCGACGACCGUCGUGGAUUGAACCUUCCGAACUCGUAUUCUUCCUAUACAAAGCCGAGAGAUUCAAAUGUCAGUGCUGCCGUCAAUGGAGGGGCGUUGUUCUCAACCCUAUAUACAUCGCUUUCGAGUGGCUCUGUCGGGUAUGCUCCGGCAAAGCUCUGUGCUCCCAACAGGAUCUUGGGGUCAACCUCCCUGUUCACGUUUACGACCUGAUUCCCUCUAUCAGCGGACAUAAAGGACAGACACUCUACCUCAAGAAAUUUGCGCAUCAUGCGUCUGCCCACCUGCAAUCUGGCAGAAAUUUAGGGGAACUCAGAACGCAGUAUAAAGAAGUGGUAAAGCUCGCUCGGGAAUGUAAAGUCUGGAUGGAUCACCGAGCGGAAAUCCAACAAAAGGCUGAUAUGCGUCAACGUUGGGUUAUUAUCCAAAGAAAGCUCUUUGUUCUAGGGUUCAAUGACAACGAUUUGGCCACUGUUAGUGUCCAUCCUUUGGUGCGUACAGUCGCAACACUUCGGGAUCGAGAUUGGACUGCGCAUAUUUACCCCCAACUCAAGCUUGUUAUCGAUUCCCACCGACGGGCCAGUAUGUUUGCGAACCCUUUCCUUGACAACGCUAUAAGCGACCGAAUCAAGGGUUUCAAGAAGUUCUUCUGGAACGUCUUGAGCUCUCUCCCUCUCGAAAGGCGUGACUUUCCCGACUCCCAGACUGUAUGUCUACUUCCGAUUUGUGCUGACAUAAUCAUCCAACCCGACAACGUCCACGUGACACAAGAAACGUUCAAAGCCCUCCGCAGUCCCAUUCUUCACGACACUCGGCUAUGGAUCCGGCAGCAGCAGCAACAGCUCACGAAAAUCUUCAUCGAAGGCCGCCAUCGACUGCUAGCCGCUGCACACAGCGUGGGCCUCGAUGUUCUGCUGCCCUUCGAAACCAGAUGGUAUACUGGUAUUGCUUGCCACGAGCUCGCUGUGGCGCAAUAUAUGUGCCUUCAAUGCGAGCGACGCUACCCUACCGCUCGAGCAGCGAUAAGGCAUUUGAAUAAUGCAUUUAUUUGUCGCCCAGGGACGGCUGUGAAUCUGAACUCAUUUGCCUUCUCACCCGACAGAACCGUUCUACUUCUGCUAAAAUUGAGCCGUCUUCUAGCGACCACCACUGCUGAUGAUUUCGACUUCUUGGAUCCUACCUUUAGGUGCCUUAAUUGUUCAGAUGAACCUCAUGUCGGAAAAUGGCGUCAAUGCCUCUCUCACCAUAAUUCUCGACAUGCACAAAGCGACCCCAAGUUCGAACGUCUGCCUAAUGGUCACCCGAUGACUCGUGCACCCUCGUACGAAAAUCGUUGGGCUUGCGCUCGUUGUUAUGACAAUUGUGGUAGUUCCAGAGCGGAGGUGGAGUGUCAUGUUCGAGAGGUGCAUGCGAUCGGAUAUCCAAAGGUUCCUCGAGACUUUUACCAUUGUGAAUUAUAA